UCAAAUGUUCACUCAAAUUAAAAAGAUCUAACUUUUGUUAAAAUUUACAAGGACAGUGUCCGAUCCUUUUUUUCACUACUAACCCUAAGCUGGUGAAAAUGGGACCUCUCUUCUCUCGCAAUGUGAUUAUUUUUUGUUGGAUUUUUACUUUCAUCGAGGCAGAAAACAUAACCGAUACAUCAGGUAUUGGAAUUGUUGUAUCUCUCUUUAGUCCCGGACAUUUAUCCCUGAUCGCAGGAAAUCCAGACAAAAUGAAUAUGACCUCUAUGAAAUCCGGCAAAGGCAUGCUACCUAUUCAGACUUAUUAUUUCAAUACGCCACGUGCAAAAAUUGUCAGCAUGGCAUCAGACCCGAGGAAGAACACACUGUUUAUGCUAGAUUCUGACUCUCACAGCAUCUACAGAAUGGAAAACUUUAACAUUUGGGUGAAUGAUUCUUUGAACAUCGUACCUAUUCAGAAAGGAGUAUCCAAGACUUCUGCUCAGAUAACAUAUGAUUGGUACAGUGAGAUGAUUUACUGGGUAGACGGGUAUUAUAAUUGGAUAGGAAUGCAGCCAGCCUUUACUACAGAUAAUACUCUCUAUAAAAUCAUUAUCCAUAAAGGAAUAAGUAGGCCAGAAGGAAUUGCAGUGGACCCUUUAAGUGGAUAUCUGUUUUACUCAGAUAUGGGAAAACCUCAAAGAAUUGAGAGGUCUUCCUUAAUUGGAGAAGAUAGAACUCCCAUCAUUACUUCUGGUGUAGAUCGUGUAUAUGACAUCACCGUAGAUCAGAAAGAGCAGAAGUUGUACUGGGUAGACGCGGGAAGACACACGUUAGAAUCGUCUGAUUAUGAAGGAAGAAACAGACGACUUCUAACGAGGAUGAAUUCUGUCAAAUUCACUUCAGUUGUCAUUUUUGGAGACUUUGUGUAUGUAACCUCAUUUACCAGCAACACCGUUACCAAACUUAGUAAGAGAACAGGGGAUAUAAAUUUAAUUGUCGUUGUGGAUGAUGGGACACCGGUGGGCGCCGAAAUAUGGGAUCCAACCAAUAAAAAACCUGUUUCUAAGGAAUGCCCAGGAUAUGGAUGCAAACAUAUGUGUGUUCACAUGCCAAGCGGACCCACUUGCAUUUGCAAAGAAGGAUAUACCUUGGCAAUGGACAAGAAAGAUUGCAUUGACGAAAAGCUACAAAGAAGCAUACUUUUAGCCAACAGUACUCACAUUUGCAGUAUGGAUAUCCGUCACAUUACGGCACUGAAGGAAGACAUGUUCUGUCAUGCGGCCAAUCUUAGUGGCAUUAUGUUCAUGGCUGUCGACAUAGCAAACCAAGCUCUUCACUACGUGGAUUCAGAACUUCAUGUCAUUAUGCAAUAUUCCAUGAUCUUCAAUGUCAGCACAACCUUAACUGACGCAGGUCCUAAUGUAACAGGUUUUGGUUAUGACUGGAUUGAUGAUAAUGUGGUAUGGAGUACAUCAGACAUUAUGCAAAAAGGCUCAAUUCGUGUUUUCUCCCUCGGCAAAUGGGCACAAACAAAACUCUAUACUGAUUUAAAUAAUCCCACCUACGUAAACAUUAACCCAAUUGAUAGGGAAAUUUACUGGAUUGAAGGCCUCGGUAGGAAUUAUACAAUAAAAGUUGGAAAAUUUGAUGGAAGUCCAGCAAAAGUGAUUGUUAAUAGUACUAACCUCAAAAAACCUACUGGGUUAUUUUACCACGUGGAAAAGCAUCGGUUGUUUUGGAUAAAUUGGGACAGUAUCCACAGUUGUAAAACAGACGGUUCUGAUCUGACUACACAUCUACAUUCUAUUUCUGUGCUAUUCUUUGGGGUAGAACUUUUGGUCUAUAAGGAUCAUGCAAUAUGGACACAUGGUAAAAAUUUCGUAAUGACGGGUAGUAUCUUUAGAAAUUCAGCAGAGGUUAAAAUUGGCACCAAUGACUAUGGAAAACUAACUGGAUUGGCAAUAUAUGAUCCAGACUUACAGCGGUAUAAGAGAGGACCCUGUGAGAUAAUGAAUGGAGGUUGUGAACAUGUCUGUUUACCCUCUGAUACCACCGUAAGCUGUAAAUGUGAUUUUGGAUAUAGACUGGAUUCUGACCAAAAAAGUUGUUCUUCAGAUACCUUAAAGGAUCGAUUCAUGAUCAUAGCCGAUCACACACAUGGAAGACUUUAUCAGGCGUCCUUAACCGAUGCAAAGAUCACUGCUUUGGAUUUUCCUGAGGUCACAAAGCCUGCAUGUGUUCUUUAUAACAGAAAUACCAAACUCGUUUACUGGGUAGAAAUAGAAAGCAGAGGAAGUCAGAUAAAACAAGCAACUAUUAAAGGAGAAAAUACAACAGUCUUGAUGGAUUCAGGAUAUGUGUAUCUUGAUAGGAUAGCAAUGGACUUCACAACAGGACAUAUAUACUUCACGGCUGUAGCAAGUGAUAUUUAUCAGAGUUACGUAGGAGUACUCCAUCCACAGAGAAUGGUUCACCGAAAACUUAUUUCUCAACUCGGAACCCCUCGGGCUAUUGCAGUCCAUCCAUCAUCAGGAUAUAUGUUUUGGACAGACCACAAUAAAAAUAGUCCCCAUAUUGGACGUGCGUUCAUGGAUGGUUCUUCACAAAGAGUUUUGAUUUCUAAAGAUGUUGUGUGGCCAAAUGGUCUUACCAUAGACUACUCAGAGAAUCUCCUGUACUGGGCAGAUGGUCAUACAGAUACGAUUGAAUCAGUGGACAUUCAUGGUUUAAAUAGAAAGGAAGUCUUAAAGGUUUCUAAUCAGCAACUGAUGGAUGUAGAACUGUUUGGCUCCUACCUCUACUAUACAGCAUGGAACACACAAAAAGUUUCUAAGGUGUUAUUGAACAGUGAUAGAACAGGGACUCUCGUAGACUGGAUGCCCGAUGUUCCUGAAUUAGGAAGAUUAGAUUCUAUUGAAAUACAGCCCGGAAAUUAUCAACCAAAAAGUUCAGCAUGUUUACAAGACAAUGGUGGUUGUAGCACUUUUUGUCUACCGACACCAGAGGGACGCACCUGCGCUUGCGAGGAAGGUGUAGAUUUACUGGCUAAUGGUCAAACGUGCGAAAUAAGCGGAGGUUCCCCUUGUCCCAGUACUUUGCCAAAUGGGGCCUGGUCCACCAACUGCUAUAAAUUGCCGACAGAAAACUGUACUUACAGCUGUGAUGAAAAUUAUCUCCCGAAUGAAGCCUUUCCUUCUGUUACUUGUGGCAGAGAUGGCCAGUGGUCAGUCCCUACUGAAUCCCUUUGUAAAGCAAAAACAUGUAUUAUCUAUGACCCAGUCCAUCACUUGCUGAAUGGCUGUUUACCGGUGGUUGGGAAUGAAUGUGAAUAUGCUUGCAAUGAAGGGUACCAUAAAAAUCCAAAUAUAAAUAAGAUUAAGUGCUUACCAUCGCAGAAAUGGAAUGUCAAUACUUUAGAAGCUUGUCGUCAAUUUCAAGGAGAGGUCAAAGUUGAUUCUUUGGAAACGACGUCAAUUCCUGUUAAGUGUCGAGCAGAUGAUCUUCCUAACGUUAAACUUGGUCCAGACUGCAGUAAAUUGCCCGACGAGACAUGCUCGUUCUCUUGCGUGAAUGGUUACUUUAAAAAAGAUGUAGAUAUUACAGAACUUGUAUGCCUAGCAAAUGGAAAAUGGGAUUUAGAUCACAUGCCAUUAUGUAUUGCUGGUACUGGGAUUAAAAGUUCCAAAAUGUCUCAAGAAGAAAAUAAAUCAGACAAAUCUUAUACUGCAAUAGCUGCUGCAUUGGCUGCCGUUAUAGGAGCAGUUCUCAUCGCCGUUCUCGUCAUAAUGUUCUUCUACUGUAAACGAAAAAGGAGAACGGUGGUUGGACGGUACGAAUCUCAUCAAAAUGAAUCUAACGUUUAUUGUGAACCUCAUAAAGGAAUCGUUAACUUAGCAGCGGACAAUGGGAAUAAAACAGAAAAUAAUCAUUAUGCUCAAAUGAGUGACAUAUGAAAUUAAUUCGCAAUGUAAUUAUACCAUAGUACAUGUAGUAUAUGUUUCCUACCGAUGUUUUUAUUAAUCAAGCAUCUGUAUCGUUAUUUUCAUACCAGAUGAAAGAAUGAAGAAAGUCGAGUCUUUUUAUGUCAUUGCUUAUCAAAAGAUAACCAUAGAUAUAGUGUAAAUGUAUUAUAUUUGGCAUGUACGAUAUUUGGCGGAAACUGACUUUUGAACAAGUUAGUGUAGAUUUGAUUAAUAAAUAUAAUACGUGUACAGUAAUCAUUCCAUAGUAAUCCAUACAUGUAUUAGUUUUAAUAUGCUUGUCCUCAGUAUUGAGCUUGCAUGUGUUAAAAAAACUGUUUUAGUGAUUUAUUUUUUUUUCUUAAAAAAGAAAUAAAGAUGAAUUUGUG